CGAAUACCUCAAGAUCUACAUCGUACACUGCAGCCCCUUCACAGCCCGCUCGAUGUUCUUCUGCAAGGCGCUAACGGGCAAUCGGAAAUAAGCAGAAGACCGCAUUGUACGCAUUCCAGACAGCGACAUCGAGAUGUUCGAGACCUAUGUUCAUAUCGCAUACCACAAUGAGCUCGCCACAACGCCCGGACUGUCGAGUGACGUUACAAAGACACUAGCUGCGCAGCGCAAUCUCGCCAAGAUGUAUGUCCUUUGCGACAUAGUACAAGAUGUGAAGGCGAAGAACUGCAUUAUUCAGGCGCUCAUACGCAGCAUCUACAGGAUACGCGACGACUACCGGUAUACAAUGCCGAGGCGUGACAUGAUCGAACUCAUUUACGAAGGCACCGUGAAGGGCAGUCAGCACAUUGUUCUCUCCUUGAUGUCUUCACCUACAGUAUCAAAGUCGAGUGGUUGACGGGAAACGGUCCUCUCGAGAGCUAUCCGGUAGAGUUCUUGCAGGAGCUCGCUGUCAAAAUUUCGAACAAGCGCCCACCAGCAGGAUUCUCAAAAGGCGUCUUCCACUCGGCAAAGAAGGAUCAUGGUGUGGAGUGCCUGGAGAACGGGGAACCGGAAAGUAGGUCGCAGCACGAAGAUAUACGAAGAAUCUCCGUACGGUGGCAGUCACAAGAAGUAUGAGACCGGUAGCUUAAUAUGAAAGAUGGACAAAACAAAGGCAGUACUGCA